GGUUCCAGGAACAUUUUUCCUGCAAUGACAUGCACAUUUUGAUGUAUGGUAAAAAAUCUCAGAAAUAUUGAUUUUAGAAGGGAAACAAAUGGUUAUACUAGUAGUAGUAGAAGCAAUUUUGCUUACCAAGACCAAAGGCAGAAUAUUAUGAAGAGACCUAGACCUGUGAAAAAGAUUAUAAGACCUAUGCAACAACUUAGACCUAUAGAAAGCCCUAAAUUAUCUAAAUCUCCAUCACCACAUCCAGCUCAGCCAACCCAGUCUCAUCAUUCACCAGUGCAGACACCUCCCAUUAAAAAACAACUUCUAGAAAAUGACCUGCCUCAGUCCUCAAUAACACCUAUAAUUCCCAAUAUUAUUCCCAAGUUAGAAGAGUAUCAGGAACCUUUAAUCAAACCGAAACUCGAGCCUAUCGAUCAUCAGGAUGAAGAGAAUACCUCCCAUUCAGGAGAAGACCCCAAUAUGGAUAUAGCUAGUCUUGCAGAAAAUCUGCAAGAAGAACCUUCUGCUUCUCCAUUCUCGUCAUGGCCUCCUUUUGAUAUGCCCCCUCCAAAUCAGGACUCAUCUUCACCGGGUCCCAUGUUGGUAAAAAGCGGAAGGGGCCAGCUAGUACUGAUCCAUAACGGCCACAUAUACACUCUCUGUGAUAAAAAAGACAUCUGCACUCUGUGGGUGUGCGUGAAAAAGAAAACACUCAGUUGUCCAGGAUGUCUCACCACCCUCAACGGUCUCAUUCUACUCUCCUACACGGCGCACAAUCAUCCGCAGAUGCACGACGUAAUCAAAAAGCUACAAAUGCCUUCUUGCAGAGUAUCUCCGGAGCUGAGUCUCUAAAGAUACCUGAUAAUUGUUAUUGUUUGCGAGCAGCUGAGUGAAAAAAAGUAUUUGUUUUUUUUUAGAAGAAAUUUACGUCUAGGGUUACUUUUUAAAAGAAUAAGUUUAAUUUUGCGCAGCGUAUUGUAUAGCCAAAGAACAAUGUUCCUUUAUUUUUACACUAAUCAGGAAUGAGUCUAGAAAGAUCUUUCCAUAUAUUUAUAACUUUGGAAAGUAACAAAUGCCACAAAAGUAACAAAUGCCACAAGAUAAUAAUUUCAAACGUUUAACUUUCAUAUGAUACAUACAGUUAAGUUAAAAUUAUCUCUUUAGGCCAUAAUUUUUCAAGUUUUAUUAAAAAUGCUUCCCCUAUUAUCUAAUUUAGCGUCCUUUGCAGCUUUCUCCAAUACUGUCAAAAAGGAGACACGCCAACAUGUAUCCCUAUCGGAGCCCGAUAGAUUUGUGAAUAUUCACUCUGUAUUUGUAAUUUUGCAGAUCAUCAUCAUGGCUUAUUCACUCCUGGCGGAGUGUUUGCCGCCCUUUUGGGCUCUCUGAUUCAUUUAUUGCGGAGACCGCUGUUGCUUUUUUAUUAUUAUAGCAGCGUGUGUGACUUGGCCCUGUCUACAAUUUUCCUCCAUUCUUUCCGAUCCUUACAGCGCUCCUUCCAAUUGUAGAUUCUCAGCUUCUUUAUGUCUCCUAAGACUUGAUCUCUCCAUCUUUUGUUUUGGGUCUCCCCUUUGGUCUCUUUGUUGUUGGUCUCCAUCCAGUUAUUCGCUUUAGCGUAGAGUCUGGGUUAGCUCUUUCUGUGUGCUCCAUCCACCUGAGCCUUUGCAUCUUAACGAACUUGAUUAUGUCUUCACCCUCGAUGACUUCUUUAAUUUCUUCAUUGGUUAAUCUUCUAAAUUCGCCUACACUUAUCCUCACCGGCCCCAUUAUUCGUCGAAUUAUCUUUCUCUCUAAGAUUUCUAACCUCAUUUCAUCUUUUUGUGUUAGGCACAUCGUCUCUGCACCAUAGGUGAUCACUGGCCUGAUUGCAGUCUUGUAAAUUUUUAAUUUGGUUUUCUUACUAAUGUGUUUUUCUUUCAGGAAUUUUUGGUAGUUCCGGUAGGUUUUAUUACCCAGUAGGAUGCGUUCAUUUAUUUCAUCUGUUCUAUCAUUUCUGUCAUUUACCAUCACUUCCAGGUAUUUGAAACGGUGUACUCUUUCAAAUGUAUAUGCACCAAGCUUAAUUUCUUUCUCUAUGUUCGUAUUCUCUCUUGAACACUUGAGGUAUUUCGUUUUGCUUUGGUUUAUUACUAGCCCUCUCUUCUUUGCUUCUUUAUCCAGUAUUAAUAUUAUGUUCUGCAUGGUUUUUAAAUCUCUAGUAACCAGUGCAAUAUCGUCUGCAUACGCAAUCAGUUGGCUGAAGAUUCGAUAAUCGUUCCCAUAAUUUUGGCUGCUCUUACUGCGCCCUCUAUGGCAAUGUUGAAUAAUGUUGUUGACAGGGAGUCUCCCUGUCUGACACCUACCUCAAUUUGUACUUCAUCUGAAGGGCCUUCCUUUGUUAAGAUUCGUGCCUUGGAUUCCUUCAUCGUCAUUUUCGUGAGACUUAUUAAUUUUGCAGAUACCUUUACAUAUUGUAGCCUUCACCAAUCUUGAACCAAUAAAUUUUGCUAUUUGAUAAUUUUUUAUUCGAUAGUUUUCUUCUUCAUGAUAAACAAAAGAUGAUAUCUCCAUUUCUGCUUUUGCAUAUAAUCUGCAGUAACCACUGAUGUAUAAUUCUUUUAUGCCAACAUAUAUUUCCUUUGAUCCUGCUAAUCUUCGGUUGACACUUUUCUUCUUCAAUCUUUUUACAGGAGGAAUAAGUUUGUUACAUUUAUAUAAAAAAAAGAGUGAUUAACUUCUAGAUUUCUUUUGUUAUCGCUAAAUUUAUGAAUUAACCAUUCUUCAAUGUCUGUGCGAUUUCUUUUUUAAUCUACUAUAGUGAGCUCAACAGUUCACUUAUUUAAAAUAUAAUUUUUGUAGCCAAUUUCCCAACGUCCAGCACUAUAUAUUUCUAGCUUUUUCCCAAUCGGCACUACCACUCUUUCGUUGAUCACUUACAAAGUAUCAACACCAAAAAAAAACACUUAAGUCAACCCAAUUCUGUCUCAAUAACAUGACUUCUUCUCUGUAUGUUAAAUUUGCCUUUAAUACAAUCAGUAAAAUGAUGGCAUAUACUUCUAGAUUCAUCCCUGAUAAGUCAGUUUCAGUAAGUGAUACAACUUAUUAGAAUCAUCUAGUAAAGUGGUUUUUUAGUUUAAAAGUGGUGUAUAAAGUAUACUCAAAAAUAUAAACACAUAGAAUGAUGCACUAGAAAGACUGCUACACAGCCUGGACGGAACCUCUGCCAACAAAAUCUCCACAACAUCAGGAUAUCCUGUGAUUUUGUUUUUAGUUGAAAGGUGUAUGAAGUUAGUUCUUCUUCUCCUUUAAGUGCCAUUUCCGCGACAGUAUGCAACCUUGCCUGACCCCUCUCCUUAUCUCCACUUCUUCUGAUACUUCUCUUUCAAUUUUCACAUUUGAUCGUUGGCUGUAGUAUAAAUUUGAUACCAAUGUUACAUCCGUCACAUCCAUAUUCUUGUUUUUGUGUACUUCUAUAAGUCGGUCAUGUUUUACCUCAUGCUGUAGUCUAUAAAGCAUACAUAAAGAUCUCGAUUAACAUCCAAACAUCUUUGGGUCACCACGUUGAAAGAAAAUAGUGCCUCUCUUGUGCUCAUUCCAUUCCGAAAUCUAAACUGGGAAUCACUAAUAUCCAGCUUAGCGUGCAUUCUAUUAUGGAUGAUUUUUAGGAGGGUUUUUAAAGUAUGUGACAUUAGGCUGAUGGUUCGAAAAUCACUACAUUCUUUGGUAGACAAAUAAAUGUUGAUGUCAGCAUUUCAUGUGGAAUAGAUUGUGUUCAGUAGUUGGACUAAAAGAUGUUUUUUUUUUCAUUGACCAGUUUUAGCGAUUCACUUGGUAUUUCAUCUGGACCAGCAGCUUUAUUAUUUUUCAUGGACUUUACUGCAUGCAUAACUUCUGACUUUGUUAUUUCGGGUCCCUCGUCUUUACUCUGAUUAUCUUCAUAUAUAUUUUCCUGUCUCUGGUCAUGGAAUAAUUCCUCUAUAUAUUCUUUCCAUAUUCCUAAUUUUUGUUCCGUCUCCACUAAAAUGUUUCCUUGUUUGUCCAAUAGUAUGCUUGAGCUUUUUUGUUUUGCUACCCCAGCUUAUACUUUCUGGCUACUUUCUUAUAGAGAUUGCAGUUAUCAUAUUUGUUUUAUAAGUCUUCUAUUUCUUGGCAUUUUCCAGCGAAAAAAGUCUCUUUAGCUUCUCUUAUUUUCCUUCUUAUUUGAUUAUGCAGCUGUUGAUACUGAGUUAUGUUGAUAUUCUUUUGCCUUCUUCUGUCCUCCAUCAUUUCCAAGAUUUCUUCUGUCAUCCAAUCUCCUUUCUUGCAUCUGGUUGUUGUGAGUUCUGGAUGAAGUUAGUUGGUGUGUACUUAUAUCGUACUCAAGCAUUAUGAUUAUCAGUUAGAUCAACUCACAAAAAUAUCUGUGUGGAGCUUCAAUGAGUUGUAAGGAAAAUAUUGCACACAGAUAAAUUUAAUGAAAAAAGUUCACAAUGCUCUCUCAUAUAGGACCUUUAUAUUCCAAAUCUCUCUUAGUCUUUUAUUAUAUUGCCAAAAUAUUUCAUUUUUCUACACUUGCCUCUGUAGAGCAGUUUGUAGUCCUAAAAUUGUUCUUAUGAGAAUAUUUAUCAGUUGUUUGUAGGGUAUUUUGUUAAUAUAAAUCAAUAUAACAAUGCAUAACGUGUCUACAAACACAGAAACGAUUAUAGAGAAUGACAAAAGCAACUGACACAAAAUGACAAAUGACUUCGAUGACAUUGUCAACAGUGUUGCCAAUGCAGUGUCCGGUGAUUUCUGUUCCACAAGCUACAAAAAACUAACAAAACAAAAAUAUAUUUUAUAGUUCAAUCAUAAACCGUAUUUAAACAAAAAAUCCUCUAUUAGAUUUUUCUAAUAACUAAAUUACCUACUACGAAUUAAGCCAUGUGGACACAUUUUUAUUUAUUUAUUUAUUAUUGGACUGUUAUUUAUCUCAAUUUUAUCGAAGAUUUGUGUAUUUAUUUUGUAUUGUAUUUUGAUAAUCUUGAGGUAAAAUAUGAAGAGUUUUAUUUAUUUUCGUCUAAUAAGCAAUUUUUAUUUGGUUGACGAUAUUUUUUAUAUAAAAAAGGUUACUCUAAGUUUACAACGAUAUUAAUAAUUGCAUUUCGAGCUUAUCAUUUGGAUCGAUAUAUUGUGGAAUGUCUCAAUUGUUACAGAAAAGUUGUUACAUUUCUUACGAAUUUGAAAUUUUCGUUCUUUUAUUAUUUUUAUUAUUUUACUCGAUGUUUAAUAUAUUAUUACAAAAGACAAAUGCAAUUACUUUUAUUGGCAAAUUGAGAUUUUUAUUACUUCUAUAUUAUUUGUGUAGUUUUGUUAUUAAUUCGCAAAAGUAUUGUUUUAAAUUUUUUGAAAGAAAUUGUUAACCUGC